AUGCACGCGAAUAUGCAAAACCGGCGUCAACGACUAUUUAUUCACCGAAGACGCUCCUUAAUGCCGACUAAUAGAAAUUACAGUGCCCUGAAACAUCCUCUUUCCCCACAAAAAAUCCACUUUAUUUCCAGGUCCAAAAUUAUUCUUGAUCUUGAAAACGAGAACAAUUCUUCUCCGUUAUUUGGAGCCUUUCCCAAGCGGAAUUCGUCGCCUUCCUUCGUCCACAGCUUUUUUUCUCCUUCUCCUCUUACAGAUGAGCAAUAUCCCAAACCAAUUCCUAAAGAAAGUUUAAAAGAAAAACAAAUAAAAAAUUUACUAUCAAGAAAUAAAAGUUUUAUAUUGAAAAGGCAAGCUUCCGACUUUAAAGACAAAGACUUUUUAAAUAAAAUCAGAGGAAACUCAUUGACGCCAAGGAAAAUGAGCAGCCAAUUUAAUGAUUUUCCGAUUUUAAAUGUAAGCAGAAAUGAAAAAAAUAAAAUAGAAUCAUUGUCGCCGAAAAGAGAAGAAAAUAGCCAAAGCGAUAAUCAGAAGUAUUUUAAUGUGAAGCCUGCACAGCUGUAUAACAAACCUAUAAAAGGAUUUAAAAGAAAUUUAUUAAAAUUUAUGUAG